UUAACACAUCAGUCUAAUACUUCAUUCUACAGGGAAUGUUUGUCUGUGUUUAACAAGAAUUAAGAAAGCACAGGACAGCAGAGAUUACUUAGACAGCUGAAGAUUGGGGAAAAUGUCCAAUGAACUUGAUUACCGGCCAGUCAUGCUUAUACAGAACGAAAGCAUCAAUUUCCAGAAGUAUUCCUACUCCAACGAGGACGAUGUAUGGUCCAAAUAUUUAGAGAAUCCCAUGACGGCAGCAAGCAAAGCAAUGAUGAGAGCAAAUGGAGAUGACGAGGGCGUAGCUGCCCUGAGUUUCCUCUAUGACUAUUAUAGGGUUCCUAAAGAAAAGAGAAUUAUACAUCCAGGAUCGACAGGACGCUGUGAACAAGUUAAAAGGAACUGCACUGAAUAUGACUCAGACAUUUCAUCUUUUGAUAACACAAACCAGCUGAUAAAAUUCCUUUCCGACAGUGCCUCCUCUACUCAGGACUAUACAGACACACACAAAAAGAACAGUUAUAUGACUCUAGACUGUCUGAUCAAUCCCAGCAAAAUGACCCUACCGCCAACCACCAAGCUAGAUAACGAUACCCAUGAAGACUUCCUUGGAAACACAUGCGAUGCUUAUGAAAAGAACCCACUCAAUUCCCUCUUCGAUCCCUUACAUGUUCCAGCCCAACAACAAAGAUGGCAACCAGACAGUACUUUUAAAGAAGACACCCCCACAGAGCCCCUCAUAUUUAGUGAUAUUCUCAGAAACCAGGCAGAAUCUACCUGCUCAGAGGAGUAUCUCUCAGCUGAAGCAAAUCGAGACUUUGAGUACACAUUGGAGUCCCCCAAAGCAAUUCACGUGAAGUCUGGAGAUUCACCAAUGGCCUAUCUCAACAAAGGACAGUUUUACCCUGUCAACCUUAGGACAACAGAGAACAGAAAAUGCUUGCCUCUUUCUUCCAACAAAGUCAAGAGUGUUGUCAUGGUUGUCUUCGACAAUGAGAAAAACCCAGAAGAGCAACUAAAACGCUGGAAACACUGGCAUUCAAGACAGCCAACUGCUAAACAAAGAGUCAUCGAUGUUGCUGACUACAAGGAAAACUGUAACACUGUGGAGAGCAUCGAGGAAGUGGCCUACAAUGCUUUAUCUUUUGUGUGGAACAUCAAUGAAGAAGCUAAGAUAUUCAUUGGCAUCAACUGCCUGAGUACAGACUUCUCCUCUCAAAAGGGUGUAAAGGGCGUUCCUCUAAAUCUCCAGAUUGACACCUAUGACUACGACACAGGCGUAAAGAGGCUCAUUCACCGGGCCGUCUGCCAGAUCAAAAUAUUCUGUGAUAAGGGAGCUGAACGAAAGAUGCGAGAUGAAGAACGCAAACAAUUCAGAAGAAAAGGAAAAUGUGCAGAACCUAAUAACAAAGAUAUAAAGGCUCCCGUGCUCUCAGGAUACAGAGGGACAGACAUCACAUAUCUCAGGCCAGUGACGGAUAUGGAAACUCAGCCAGUAUUGUUCAUUCCCAACAUUCAUUUCUCCAACCUUCAACGAUGUGGAAUAGUACUUCCUGCUAUCACAGAAAACAAUGACAGGUUAGGGUUGAAAAGAGGCUGUCAGUCCUUUACAGAAGGAUUUGCUGUACCACCUUCCAAGCAACCAACAACAGAAAAUUCACAAAGAGUAUUGUUAUAUGUGAGGCGGGAAUCAGAGGAAGUCUUUGAUGCCUUAAUGUUGAAGACACCUGAUCUCAAGGGUUUAAGGAAUGCGAUCUCAGAAAAAUAUGGUUUACCUGAAGAAAGAAUCAACAGAGUUUAUAAAAAAUGCAAACGGGGAAUACUGGUUAACAUGGACAACAAUAUCAUUCGACACUAUAGCAACCAUGUGGCUUUUCUGCUUGACGUUACAGAAGUGGAAGGACAUUUCCAUGUUACGCUUAAGGAAUUAUAACAAAUAUACAGGACAUCCUUAAAAUCAAACAGACUCAUGAGCCAGGGGAUGAGACCCACAUCUAACUAACCUCAAGACGAUGCUCAUUUCUUGCACUUGACCAAAGUCAAAAGAGCACAACUCUGCCAAGUAUUUUAAAAGCACCGCAUAAAAGGAACAUUGACACGGGUCUUCAUUGCCAAAGAAGAUUUCCCUGUCCAGAAGGCCGUUUAUUAAAGCUCUGAGUGAAUGGUGUUUUUACUUUUGUUUUUGGUGUCCUCAGUUCUGACAAAUGCAGACCAUGGCCUCUGCAUUUCAAAUAGAGAUGUUACAGUUGCGAUUUCUGCAACAAAACUUUGCUUUGUAAAUUUGUGCUAUUGCUUAUAAAUACAUGCAUAGUGUUUAUUUUAAUACUCAUUAUUCAUCAUUUUAUAUUGAUUUAUGCAACAGUGUAAGAUGAAACAUCUGUUUAUUUUUUUAAUAAUGUUAAACAAAGCUAAAUUAUCAAGUGAAUCAAUGUCUCACUUAAGGUACAGAAACUGUUUAUGUUUCAAAUAUGUUGUUGUUUUAUCACGGCUAGUACUGAUCCAUGUGUGCUUAUGUAGGAAAGCUCCAAGCCUGGCCUGUCAGCUUGGUUUUGUCCUUUGGACCUGACAAUUGUUAUAGGGUAAUGUUACACAUCUAGCUGCUUAUCUAUUGACUCCUCUAAUAGUCAAAACAAAAUCUGAAAUAGUCAACCUUUGUCAUUGAUUUCAGAGUUUGUUCAAUUAAUUUUUGGGGGUAAAAUGUGACCCUGACUUGAGACAUAUGUACCAUCAAUAUUAUCAUCUAUUUUCUUAUUCUGUUUCUUGCCGUAUAUAUUUACAAUGGAAAACAGCACAAUGGGUUCUGAAAAAGGGCCUAUUUUUUUAAUUUUAGCUGCUGCCAACUUUGCUUGAUAUUGACAAGAAGUUACAAUUUUAUACAUUUCCUGUUUUUAAUGUCUCACAUUUGUUGUAUGUAUUAAUAUCUUUUUGUAUGUAUUUUAAUAUACAGAGAUGGAUUUUUUAUUUCAAAAAAAGUAUUUUCACUUUU